UCAGGCAGGUACUGUACAGUUUGGAAAUGUCAAAUCCGUGCUCUCUAUUAGAGUUUACAGCGCGCAUCUUGCAGCCAAUCAGCUGGCCGGAGUCAGCUGAGCCUCUGGCGGAGUUGUUUUGGAGCUCAGUGGGAUCCUGUGCGUAAAAUCUACCUGUCAGACGGCAGAGAGCAGCGGCGGUGCCAUGGAGAGCAAAGUCCAGACCUACACACACACGGAGUAACUUCCUUUUUAAACGGAUGCCAUAUGUUUGCGCUGCGAUGGCAGUUUUCCCAAAAACUGAUGAUGUGAAGUAGAAAGGUGGGUCCGUCCGUCUCCGUCGACUCAGUUUGCGCCGAGGAACGAUGCUGAGCGAAGCCAAAGGAGGAUUUUCCACCACAGCUACCAGACUGGCAAAUCUUUUUUGGACUUCACCCUCUGAUCCACUAGACGUUUGAACCCGCCAUCAUGGAGAGCCUCAGCGAGCUCCAGAACCCCCUGCUAGACAAAACCAGCAGACAAGUGGUGCCCAACGACUACCAGGGUUACCAGUGUGACUACCCGAGCCAGCCGUACCAGGACAGCCUCAUCGGCUACUACUACACCGGGACUAAUGGCAAGCAUAAGACUCAACAGUUCCUGGAUGCCAAAUCCCUGCAUCUGGCCGUGGAGGCCUUCUACAGGCCCAACUUUAUCCUGUACAAGGACGACGUGAGCCUCCAUAGCAAGGACUCCAAGAGCGAGAGCUUUGAGACCACGUUCACAGAGAGCAAGGACACCGCGUUGGACGGAGUUUCCGUGGAAAACACUCUGGACAGCGUACAAGGAGAGAAGGACGCCAAGAUCCAGACGGUGUCGUACGAAGUGGAGGAGGAGCAGGGUCCUGAGUACGAGAGUGACAGCUCCAGCGACAGCGAGAGUGAGGACAACUUCAUCGUGCUGCCCCCCCGGGACUACCUGGGCCUCGCCAUCUUCUCCAUGCUCUGCUGCUUCUGGCCCUUGGGCAUCAUUGCCUUUUACUACUCUCACAAGGCAAGGCCAUCGCUAAGGGAGACUUCUCCAGAGCAGGAAUGAGCUCCAGAAGAGCCCUAUUCCUGGCUGCACUUUCCAUCACCAUUGGAACAGGGAUGUAUGUGGGGGUGGUUGUGGCCCUCAUAGCCUACCUGUCCAAGCCUGGACACGUAUAGUACUGGGACCGGUUUGCUUGGGGGGAAAUAUAGAGAAAGAGGAGGCAAGAUGGGAGGAAGUGGAAAAGACGAGGUUGGACACCUCUCUUGUCUGUGCUGAUGCCUGGCUGUGUGCGAAAAGAAGAAGCUUCAGAGAAAAGACUUAACCAGAAAGACAGAGAACAGAAGAAAAAAACUCUGUGGAUGGAGUAUUACUUGGACUGCAUAUUGAUCCGGACUGAAUCUUUAUCUCUGGGAUACACUCCCACCAAGGUAUUCCACCACCACAGACUGAGAAGGAUGACUACUCUUCCACAAAGACUGUGCUGUACUAUUAUGUUAGAAAAAAACCUGAGCUCAUAGCAGUAAAGAACUACCUACCUUUUACCACAUUAGUCAUUUUAUUUUACCUUUAUAGUAGGUGUAUUCUCUGCCAAUACUAUUGCAGAUUGUGUAUCGUCCACUUUGUAAAUUCAUUUCUUGGAAAAACAGUCAGCCAGUGGGCGUUUAUGUGAUUGUUUAUUCAAGGAAUGUACCGGAAAUUGAUCCAGUCGGUAAACAGAGAAGUGGACUCUGAAUAUAAAGAGAACAAAAGUGUACACAAAGUUGCUGAGCAGUGGUCAAGAGGGUUAUUUGUGUUUAUUGUGUACUGUAAAUUUAGUCAAUAAAUACAUUUGGCAUGAAUAAUGAA